AAUCUGUUUAGGUUACAUGAAGAGUUUGUUUGAAAAACAUGGCAGUGGGUUGGGAAAAUUAUAUGCUGUUGUCAGAUAUUUUGAUUUUAUUUUUUUGGUAACAGUGCAUAUCUUGGUUAAUGAUGGUUCUUGUUUACUUCAGGUUAUUAAGCUUAAAGUUUUGUACCAGGGGACGUUUCUGAUAAAAAUUAGCAUAAUUAUCUGGCUUCCUACAGGUGGCUGAGUUGCUUCUUUUUGGUGUCAUGAAAUGUUGCAAAAAGGUCACUCAUGGAGCUUGUUUGGAAAACAUGGCAGUGGGUUGGAAAUAGUCUAUACCUUGUCUUCCUGGCUGAUGAGCAGUCUUCCAAGUUACCAUAUAAGGCUUCUUAGAGGACUUAAACUCAGGAGAACAAUGCAUCAAUUGAGUCCUACUAGGCUCCCUUCAUGGUGGAGUCUGAUUCAUACCUUGAAACAUAUCAUACCGUCCUGAGAUGGCUAGUGAACCUUGCUGCUAUAACCGAACAUGGCAGGAGCUAGGAAGGAGUUGAUGUGUUGGUGUUUGAGAGCUAUAUCUAAUGGAUGCACAAGUGUAACAAGCCUCAGAUCAGUGCUAUGUAAGUUUCCAGUUUUCAAUCUAAUGCUUUCUAUUCCAUCCAAUUUCUUCUACUUUUUGUGAACCUUGCUGCCAUAGCCAAACACAGCGGGAUCUAGGAAGGAGUUGAUGUGUUGGUGCUUGGAGCUAUGUGUGGUGGAUGUACAAGCAUAUAGAACAAGCUUCAUAUCAAUGUUAUAACCGUUCAAGGCUUUCACCUCUUCCUCCAGAACCAGUUGCUCUCAACUAUGGUUGUGAUGCAAAUCAUGAUAUCUCUCUUGCUACAGUUACUAGACCCAAUUUUAAGGAAUUGAAGAGGAAAGGGAGGGAGAUUGGCCAUGGUAGUUGAACGUAACCAGCAACAUGAGGUAUAUCAGGGAGAUUGAACUUGUGAAACAUGCAGACUUUUACAAGUUUCACUCAUCUGUUUCUUUUAGGAUAUACAACACAGGAAAUGAAGCGGGAAAGAAGAGGAUUUAGCAAGAGGUAACUUGUAGUUUAUGCUAUAGUUUGUUGAUUACUCAUAAUAUCCACAUAGUGGCCUGUUUCUAUUUCCUUUUAUGGUCAAUUAGCCUUUCAUUCACGCCAUGACAAUCUAGAACUUGCCUUGUGAUUUUUUGUUCUGGCCACCAUUUGCCCCAGUUGUUCAUAAUGAUAUUACAAAUGAUAUGCUGAUUUAUUGACAAAAGUUGAUGUUUAUUGCCCUUCCAUCAUUCUUAGGUAUGCAAGCUUUUUGCAUUUUUACUUUUCGUUGUGGUUAUUUUAGCCUUGCAUUUUGGUAUAUUAUAUUUAUUGACUGAAUUCAUGCAAUUUUAUACAUGAUGUUAUUUAUAGUUAUCAAUCAACACCUCUAUUGAUGUAUGUUAUGAUUGGUAAAUGUAUUUUUUUUCCUUAUGCAGGAUUGGUUUUGUGCUUUUUCUGGAAUGACAUAACUGCUAUUGCAGCAUGCAUCAAAAGGGAAAUAUGGAAGCAUCAUACUGGGGAAUUGGAUCUCGUCUUCCCAUCAUGGUGACAGUUCGCAACAUCUUACAAGAACUAAAGAUGAAACAUUACUGUUUUGAACAAAUACACAAUUGUCAGAAUAUCAAAAACAUGUUCAUAUAUUUGUUUAUGCCUUAUGGUGAACGGAAGGGAAAAACUCUUGACAGGAAAUAGAGAUUUGACCCUAAAGAUUUUGCUGAUUGUGUUUUCAUUGGUUCUUACUGGGGCUACCUAAUACAUGGAAUGAGAUUAUGUAUGCAUCUUUGUUGAGCAAUUGUAAAAAUCUUUGUGAUCUAUCUAAACCUCCUUUGGAUAUCUGAUGACACACUUUAUACUAGUGUACUCUAGACUCUUUGUGCGCACUG